AUGUCUUCCAUCAAGAUCGAACCCCUCGCUGUUGGCGGAAAGUCCAAGGUCAACUUUGGAGCCAUUGUCACCAACGUGGAUAUCGAGAACCUGACGGACGUCGACUUUGAGGCGAUCCGCGACGCCCUGUUCCGCAACCAAGUGCUCGUGUUCCCGAACCAGAGCGACGUGUCGCCCCAGAAGCAGUUUGAGCUGACGCAGCGCUUCGAUCCGACCGGCACGUCAUACGGCCACGGCAAGACGUUGGAUGCGAAGAAGUCGGUGCUGCACCCAGAUCUCAAGACGAUCCCACACCAGCCACAGGUGCAGGUGAUCGGCAACGGUUUUGUCGAGGCGUACGAGGGCCUGCAGAACGUGCAGCUGCGCCACCCGCACCACCGCACGUUUCAUGCCACCGUGAUCCCGGACGCCGAAGACCUCGACUUCACCCGCUUCUACCGCUGGCACAUCGACGCUGCUCUGUACGGACUGGCGCCGCCGGUCGUCACGACGCUGCUGGCCGUGCGCGUGCCCGGCGGCCGUCGCCAGACCUGCCGCUACGACGACGGCUCCGGCGACGAGCUCGACGUGCCGCUUGGCACCACCGCCUUUGCCUCAGGCGAGACCAUGUACGACCUGCUCAACCCGGCCGAUCAGCUGCUCGCCCGCACUGCCCGCGUCGAGUACGCCGCCCACCCGUACAUUUGGAUGAGCGGGGCCAAGUCGCGCUCCGACGGCCUCGGGCUCGUGUCGGAGGGCCGCGAGCUCACCCCCGCCGAAUUGCCGCCCGUCGAGCAGGACAAGAUCCAGAUCCUGCCGCUCUGCUGGCGCAACCCCGUCACUGGCCGUCUCGCCCUGCAGGUCCACCCCAGUGCCGUCCGUCGCCUGCAUCUGGCUGACGGCUCUGUCAUCGACGACCUCGUCGAGGUCCGCGACAUCAUUCACCGCCUCCAGCGCCCCGGCAUCGCCCCCGAGCUCAUCUACCCACACGACUGGAAGGCCGGCGACCUCGUGCUGUUUCACAACCGCGGCCUCAUCCACUCCGUCGUCGGCGCCUUUGCCCCCGACGAGGUCCGCCUGUUCCGCCAGUGCAACAUCGCCGCCAGCCAUCUGCCCGAGGGACCGGCCGUCGAGGUGUCUGCAUAG